AUGGCCAAUGACGAGGAGCUGCCCUGGAACAUCUCGCGAUGCAACCGCCUACUACGACCGCUGUUGUCUAAACUCGCGAAACUGCGAAAGGAGCUUGAAUUGCCACGAAGCGCCCACCCAGAACCACGUACGACUUCUUCUGCCUUUGCCACCAAAGCCACCCCGAAGAAGACGACCAACUUUACACGACAGGCGCACAAGCCCCGAGGAUUCGAGAAGGCACGCGACCCAGACUGGAGGCCGGGCGCCAAGAGAAUCAAGAAGACUUAUAGAGGACGUAAGGCGAGGAGGCUGACAGGCCCGAAGCUGAGCAGCGCAGAUGUUGAACAUGUUGCUCGGCCGGGCGAGAUUGCGUUCACGCCUCUCAUUGCUCGCAUGGGGGGCCAGAUAAUGGACAGUCCACUUACGCAAGGCUCGCCAUUGCGGAAAUAUACGAAGAACCGCGGGCCCCUCGUGGCAAGCAUCGAUCGGGCCGAGAGCCUUGGGCCAGAAGUGCCUGCAGAUGUGAAGAAGCUCGUGCUGGGGGUGCUAGAGGCCUACGCCAACAUUCUGCACGCAACAGAGGAGAGGAAGAGCAGGAGAGGCACGAGUUCACUAAUGAGCGCGUGUCUGAAGAAGCUCCCGGCAUACAUUGAGCUUGAAGAACACUUUGCGCGACUGGACCAAUUAGGAGAAGAGGAAGAGGACGAUCGAGACAUUGCGAGCGAAGUGUACGAACACCUUGAGACGCGGUUCGAACAGCGGCGUGGGCAAGGCUGGCGUCCCUUCAAGCACGUGGUACGGGCACAUGCCACAUCGCUGGUGUGCAGCGCUGUCGCAGAUCGCAUCACUACUAUGGAUACUUUGGCCUACUUCCACAGCCAUUGUCUGGAUGUUGGCGCAUACGAUGAAGCUGAAGAGAUCCUUGUGGCCGCUCUGCCCUCACUCGAGCCACUGUCCACUCCCCUCAACAUCAGAGCCGACCUCUUUGGCGAGAAAUCGGCAUACAUGUCGACUGCUAAACUGUUUGUUGACCGCACCGGUCGAUACCGUUUCCUCUAUGAUCUCCUCGAGCACAUGGUUGCGCAUGAGCUUCUGCCCCUGGAGUGGCUAGCGACGACACAUAUGCGCCCUGUGUGGGAUCGGUUAGUGCGCACCAUCACGGAGGGUGACCAGCGCGCGUUGGCAUCUUGUUCUCGCUUCCUCGAGACCUGUAUGCUUGCCGGCAUGGGACUUCCUGACGAGAGUCUCCUGGCAGACGAAGUCACCGGGUCGGUUGCGAGGCGCUUUGUGCCAUCUUCAAGAGAGGACUUGCGCCAGGCUUUGAACACAACCUUCUCGAGUCUUCUCACGGUCUUGUGCAGCAUAGCUCUUGUUAACAGCAGCCGCGAGGAAGAUGCUGGGAAGGCCAUUGCACGAAGAGUCACCUGGACAUUGGAUGCCAUCGCUAUUGCCCUUGCAUCUCGAUCAGACAUCGACGCCGAGCUAAGACUACUGGAGGCAGGUUCAGACGACCUGCAGAUCUUUGCGCAACGCGCUUGUUGGACCAUUUUUGGUCCCUUCCUGGUACGCCUCGAAGCGCUCCACAGCGAUGAUAGCAUGAUCAACCUGUCCACCUCUACACUGAUUCGCAAUCUGAGCAACAUCAUGUGUCAGUACUCCGCAAACGGCGUCAACUCCUCAACUGUCCUCGCCACACUCCCCAUCCUUCUCUCAGCCACAGCACGCGGCACCGGUCGCAUCUAUCGCGACUCCGGCUUCGACCAGCUCCAGCGCCUCGUCCAAGCAAUGACUCGCCUCUCCGGCCACCGGCUCCCCCACAAGCUAUGGACACUGAAACGCAUAGGCCUAGAGUCCGCCACCGAAUUCGCCAACGACACCGACGAGGCCCAGCACCUCAGAUACGCAAACGAAGUCGAGAAACAAAUGCGCACCUCAGGCCGCCUGGUCAUCAUGCCCACUCCCCGCAAGACCGAUACACCCUCCACCGCUGCGGGGGGCGGAUUUAGAUGGGAAGAUGGUAUUGGCGAGUGGGUAGCUUGCACCCCCUUUGUUGCGCGUGCCAAACCCAACAAUCGCCCUAGUCAAAAGCCAGUCCGCGCGUUGGAGCUGCUGCCAACACCAGUCCAAUCUGAAGAUGAAGAGCGCGCAGAGUUCGUGCAAGACUCCGAGCACGAGCGCGACGAUGAACCAAUCCUGCCCUCCUCUCCGAUGCUGCACUCCAGUCCUAUCAAAUACGCCCCUCGACGAUCGACUAGCAGUCUGGGAAAACGCACGCGCGCAUCGAGUCCGUUCGUUCUUGUACCAGCGAAGCGCACGCAUUUGACGCCGCCGGACACCCCCGUAGCUUUCUACCCCGAGCUCCCGACAGACAAGCGCAAGGAGGGCGAGAGGAGAUGGAGGCGCAGCACGAUCGAAAUCAAAGCGCUGCGGCACAGACUGAAGACGCAGCGGUCGCGGUCGUCACGAGAAGGUGGGCUGAGGGACGUAAGGAGGGUGUCGUAUGACUUUGGGAUGGAUGGAGCGGACGAUGAUGUUAGUGAGGAUGAGCUGAGUUGUGGGUUUUGA